UACAUCACACAUUUUCAAAAGAAUUGAUUUUUGUGAUUAAAAAAAUUUUAAUUUAAUUGAUUUUCUUUUUAUUGUUUUAUGCAAUAAAUGAAAAUUUGGGACAUGUUAUUCUAAUUAAAGGUGCAUUUCUAGUAUAAAAUAAAAUGUUUGAAGCAGAACAAUUAUACCGAUGCCCCUUUUUACACUUCAGUUUUUGAAAAAAUUGUAAUUUUGUUUUUGCCAAAAUCUUUUUUUGGAUACAUUAUUUCACCAUUGUUAUUUUAUAAUUUCAAUUAUAUUAUCUUGUUUGUUGACCAUAAGUUGUUAUUGUUAAGAAUUUAUAAAGAAUAUUGCUUUUUAUUUUACAAAAAAGUUCAAGCUUUAAUAAUAUUUUUGUAAAAUAUUUUUUGAAAAAAAAAAAAUAAAUAAGAAAAAAAAAACAAAAAUUAAAUUAAACAUAAUUACUAGAAAAAUUAUUCUAAUUUUACAUAAAAAUUAAAAAAAAAAACAAUACCAUCGUUAGAAGCUUUUAUUUUAAAACCUACAUUACUAAAUUUUUUACAAUAUAACAAAUACUAAUAAUGGCGACAUAUUUAAAUCGAACAAUAUCGAUGGUAACUGGUAAUGGAACCACGGAAUCAAAUGGCUCUUCAUCUACCCCUUUCGAUGCAUUAACUGACGACUAUCACAAUCGUUCAUUGCAAAAUCCAUCUGGUAUGGAUAAAUCACCAUUACAGAUAUUUGUGAAAUCUAAAAAGAAAAUAAAUGAUAUAUACAGUGAAAUUGAAGAAUAUGUUAGAGAAACUACUGGAUUUAUAGAUGGACUACCUAAAGAAAUUGAAAUUGUUGACAAAUCAGAACAAGAACUUUUUCAAAGUUAUGUCAAUAAAGUUUCAGCAAUUCGAGAAGUUCUUUGUAGAGAUCAUAUGAAAGUUGCGUUUUUUGGAAGAACAUCAAAUGGUAAAAGUUCUGUUAUUAAUGCAAUGUUAAGAGAACGUAUAUUACCAAGUGGUAUCGGUCAUACAACAAAUUGCUUUUGUCAAGUUGAAGGAGUUGAUGGAACAGAAGGAUAUCUCGUUAAAGAAGGAUCAGAUCAAAAAUUUAAUAUAGCAGAUAUAAAGCAAUUGGCGAAUGCGUUAUGCCAAGAAAAAUUGAGUGAAAGUUCUCUUGUAAAAAUAUUUUGGCCACGGGAACGUUGCAAUUUACUUCGAGAUGAUGUAGUUUUCUUAGAUUCACCAGGUGUUGAUGUUUCUCCUAAUUUAGAUGAUUGGAUAGAUAAUCAUUGUCUUAAUUCGGAUGUUUUCGUUUUGGUUUUGAAUGCUGAAUCCACUAUGACACUAGCAGAAAAAUCGUUCUUUCAUACUGUCUCACAACGUCUGUCAAAGCCAAAUAUUUUUAUUUUAAAUAAUAGAUGGGAUGCUUCAGCCAGUGAACCAGAAUUUCAAGAUUCAGUACGAUCACAACAUCAAGAAAGAUGUGUUGACUUUCUUGUUAAGGAGCUAAAAGUUUGCACAGAUAAGGAAGCUUCAGAAAGAGUAUUUUUCGUAUCAGCUCGGGAAACAUUACUGGGACGUCUUGAAGAAGCCAAAGGAAAUCCAGCACAUGUUGGUGCUCUUGCCGAAGGGUUUCAAAAUCGUUAUUUUGAAUUUCAAGACUUUGAACGCAAGUUUGAGGAAUGUAUUUCAAAAAGUGCUGUCCGUACAAAAUUUGAACAACAUAGUUCUCGAGGCAAAAAUAUUGCCGGGGAUAUGAGGUCUAUGUUAGAUAAUAUAUAUGAUCGCGCAAACACAUUGCGUAACACAAAAUUUGAUCAAAAGAAGUUGUUAACUGAUAGAAUACAAGGAACAGAAAAUCAAUUAAUGACAGUCACAAGAGAAAUGAAAUUGAAAAUACACAAUAUGGUAGAAGAAGUAGAACAGAAAGUAGCAAAAGCAUUAAAUGAAGAAAUUUGGCGUUUGGGUGUAUUAGUCGACGAAUUCAACAUGCCUUUUCACACAGAACCUUUAGUAUUGAAUAUUUAUAAAAAAGAAUUAAAUUCACAUAUAGAAUCUGGAUUGGGAUCAAACUUACGAGCUAGAUUAUCAAUGGCUUUAGCAAUGAAUGUUGAAACAGCACAACGCGAAAUGACCGAACGUAUGCAUGCUUUAGUUCCUUCAGAAAAAUUGAUUAUUCAAACAAAACAGAUUGUUGCACGACCACAGCCAUUUGAAAUGUUAUAUUCACUUAAUUGUCAAAAUUUAUGUUCCGAUUUCCAAGAAGAUUUGGAGUUUAAAUUUUCUUGGGGUAUAACAGCUAUGAUACAAAGAUUCACUGGGAAAGUGAAAGGUCAGAAUAAAAAACAAGGUGCAUUGCAAUAUUGCAGACAAAACAGUACACAAAAUAUGCUUUCACCAAUUGGUAAUGGGCCAGAAACUCCUUUAUGUAUAAUUCCAUCGCAGGGUGGAGGAAUAACUCAAGAUCAAAUUUCAAUGAUAUCUCGCUUUGCCGUUGCGUCUAUAGGCUCUCAAGGAACCAUGGGGGGGCUUUUAGUUGCUGGAAUUCUUUUAAAAACAAUUGGAUGGCGAGUUUUAGUUGGAAUAGGUGCUCUUUAUGGUUGUGUAUAUUUGUAUGAACGAUUAUCUUGGACUAAUUCCGCUAAGGAAAGAACAUUUAAAGGCCAGUAUAUAAGACAUGCCACAAAAAAAUUAAAAAUGAUUGUUGAUUUGACAUCAGCUAAUUGCAGUCACCAAGUGCAACAAGAGUUAUCCAGCACAUUUGCUCGUUUAUGCCGUGUUGUUGACACAGCCACCACGGAAAUGAAUGAAGAACUCAAAGAACUUGAAAAUGCUUUAUCUGUUUUGGAAUCAAAUCAAAAACAAAUUAAAUUGCUUAGAAAUAAAGCUAAUUAUAUACAAAAUGAAUUGGAAAUAUUUGAAAAUAAUUAUAUAAAAACAAACUGAUAUUGAUAAUAAAUAGUGGCUAUAGUUUUAAAAUAUUUAAAAAUUAUAAUAAAAAGAAUUUUUUUGAAACUCA